CCUGGCUCGCGCGGGUGUAGUGCCAGAGGCGGGAGAAAACAGGCGCCCUGUGAGAGACGUGCGUGUGCGCUCGCGUGGUCAUGGAGGCGCCACCACGGCCAGAAGCAGUGAUGACUCCGGUCCUGGGCUGGAGCCGAAAACUGCUGCCACUGCUGGUCUUCCUGCUGCACGUUGGGGCUCUGCGGGGCUUGGAGACAGAAGAGAGGCCACGGACCCGCGAAGAGGAGUGCCACUUCUACGCGGGUGGACAAGUGUACCCGGGGGAGGUGUCCCGGGUAUCCGUGGCAGACCACUCCCUGCACCUAAGCAAAGCCAAGAUUUCCAAGCCAGCACCUUACUGGGAAGGAACAGCUGUAAUAAAUGGAGAAUUCAAGGAGCUGAAAUUAACUGAUUAUCGUGGGAAAUACUUGGUUUUUUUCUUCUACCCACUUGAUUUCACAUUUGUGUGUCCAACUGAAAUUAUCGCCUUUGGUGAUAGAAUCGAAGAAUUCAGAGCCAUAAAUACUGAAGUGGUAGCAUGCUCUGUGGAUUCACAGUUCACCCAUUUGGCUUGGAUUAAUACCCCUCGGAGACAGGGAGGACUGGGGUCGAUAAAGAUCCCACUUCUUUCAGACCUGAACCAUCAGAUCUCCAAGGACUAUGGUGUAUAUCUGGAGGACGCAGGCCACACCCUGAGAGGCCUCUUCAUCAUUGAUGACAAAGGAAUCCUGAGGCAGAUUACUCUGAAUGACCUUCCUGUGGGCAGAUCAGUGGACGAGACCCUACGUUUGGUUCAGGCGUUCCAGUACACCGACAAACAUGGAGAAGUCUGCCCUGCUGGCUGGAAACCUGGUAGUGAAACGAUCAAACCCGAAGAUGCCAUGAAAGCCUGGUGGCCAAGAGAAGAGCUAUAAUUCCAGAUCCAGCUGGAAAACUGAAGUAUUUUGACAAGCAAAACUGAAAAAUACUUCAGCAAGUUACAAGGCUUUAGGGUCCUCAAUAAAAGAAGUCACUGCAUUGUG